GCGCCCAUGCCGGACCGCGCAGCGCGGUGAGGGCGCGCGCGGGCGGGCGGGGGCGCAGCCGGCACCAUGUCCAUGCUGCCCACCUUCGGCUUCACGCAGGAGCAAGUGGCGUGCGUGUGCGAGGUGCUGCAGCAGGGCGGCAACAUCGAGCGGCUGGGCCGCUUCCUGUGGUCGCUGCCCGCCUGCGAGCACCUCCACAAGAAUGAGAGCGUGCUCAAGGCCAAGGCGGUGGUGGCCUUCCACCGCGGCAACUUCCGCGAGCUCUACAAGAUUCUGGAGAGCCACCAGUUCUCGCCGCACAACCACGCCAAGCUGCAGCAGCUGUGGCUCAAGGCGCACUACAUCGAGGCGGAGAAGCUGCGCGGCCGGCCCCUGGGCGCCGUGGGCAAAUACCGCGUGCGCCGCAAGUUUCCGCUGCCGCGCUCCAUCUGGGACGGCGAGGAGACCAGCUACUGCUUCAAGGAAAAGAGUCGCAGCGUGCUGCGCGAGUGGUACGCGCAUAACCCCUACCCCUCACCGCGCGAGAAGCGCGAGCUGGCCGAGGCCACGGGCCUCACCACCACGCAGGUCAGCAACUGGUUCAAGAACCGGCGGCAGCGCGACCGGGCAGCGGAGGCCAAAGAAAGGUACGAGGAGAACAGCGAAAACUCCAACUCCAACAGCCACAACCCGCUGGCUGCGUCGCUGAACGGCAGCGGCAAGUCGGUGCUAGGCAGCUCGGAGGACGAGAAGACGCCGUCGGGGACGCCCGACCACUCGUCGUCGAGCCCCGCUCUGCUGCUCAGCCCGCCGCCGCCCGCUGGGCUGCCGUCCCUGCACAGCCUGGGCCACCCUCCCGGCCCCAGCGCCGUACCCGUGCCCGUACCGGGCGGAGGCGGCGCAGACCCGCUGCAGCACCACCACGGCCUGCAGGACUCCAUCCUCAACCCCAUGUCGGCCAACCUCGUGGACCUGGGCUCCUAGAGCCCCGCCUGCCUUGACGCGCUCGCCUUCCAGCUUGGCGCUGGGGACCGAAGAGACGGUGUCGGGAGGGCGCCCUGUGCCGGCGGCCCCAUCAGGUACUGAAAGUCCCACUCGCUG